AAACGUUAUACGUUGGCUUCAGUUUUUCGAAUAAAGACUGAAGGAAAACGUUGUUGUUGUUUAAUUCGCUGUUUUUACAGGAACGACCGACGAGUUAGUGAACUAAUAACGUUAAUAUAGAGAGCGAUUUCAACCCGUUUGUUUUCAAACAUUAGCCAUGUGGGUAAAGAGAGUAAAGAGCCAGAACAGCUGAGGAAGCUCUUCAUUGGUGGUCUAAGCUUCGAGACAACCGAGGACAGUUUACGUGCACACUUUGAGCAAUGGGGAAAGCUUACAGACUGUGUGGUGAUGCGGGAUCCAGGGAACAAGCGGUCACGGGGCUUUGGUUUUGUAACAUACUCCUGUGUAACUGAAGUGGAUGCAGCCAUGGCAGCUCGACCACAUAAAGUGGAUGGUCGCGUUGUUGAACCGAAACGGGCAGUUUCCCGUGAGGACUCAAAUAAACCAGGGGCCCACUUGACAGUGAAAAAGAUCUUUGUUGGUGGGAUUAAGGAGGACACUGAAGAAUAUCAUAUACGUGAAUACUUUGAGCAGUAUGGGAAGAUUGAGAGCAUUGACAUUAUGGAGGAGCGAUCAACGGGGAAAAAGAGAGGGUUCUGUUUUGUAACGUUUGAUGAUCAUGACACUGUGGAUAAAAUUGUAGCUCAGAAAUACCACACCAUAAACUCCCAUAACUGUGAAGUCAGGAAAGCACUGCCUAAACAAGAAAUGCAGGCAGUUUCUAACCAGAGGUAUCGCGGUGAUAAUUUCAUGGGCAGAGGAGGCAAUUUUGGAGGUGGCAACUUUGGUAGAGGUAGCUAUGGAGGAGGCCGCGGAGGCUAUGGAGGAGAUGGCUAUGAUGGAUUUGGUGGAGAUGGUGGGAACUAUGGAGGUGGCCCAGGUUAUGGUGGUGGGCGUGGAGGAUUUGGAGGAGGUCCUGGUUAUGGUCACCAGGGAGGAGGAGGAGGUGGAUAUGGUGGAGGAUAUGACAACUACAACGAUGGACGCAACUUUGGCGGGAACUUUGGUGGAGGAGGAGGUGGAAACUACAAUGACUUUGGGAAUUAUGGGGGGCAGCAGUCAAACUAUGGCCCCAUGAAGGGAAAUAACUAUGGAGGAAGGAACUCAGGUGGACCAUAUGGAGGUGGCUAUGGUUCAGGUGGUGGUGGUGGCGGAGGCAGCUAUGGAUCAAGGCGAUAUUAACGUGUAUAUAUUUAUGGCUUCAGGUGGACAGUUAGCAGGAGAUGAGAUGAGUGGAGAGGAGAUGAGAGGAGAGGUCAGGAAAGCAGCAGGUUACUGUGAGAAAGCCAGGACCUGCUAGUCAGGACACUAAAAAUGGAGACAUAAAAGAAGGACUGUUUCCACUAGCUACAAUGAGCAAGGGUGUAGCCAGAUACUCAUGACCUAGUAUGUGUCAGUGUAUGUACAUUCCUUUAAUCUACUUUGCUAGAUUUUUACCCCUUCUCGUUUUUGCCCAUUUCCGAAACUUCUUUUGAGCUUUUUUCAGAGUGCUAUAUGACGUGUCGUAGAUAUUGAAGUAAGCUUUUGAUUUAUAUGGUCUUAAAUGAUUUUCUCUUUAGAUUACUAGAUUUAUAACUUUGAUUUAUAGGCAUUUUGUUAUUAAAAAGUCACAAACUAGCUGCCAACUAUGGUAUAAUUUUUGGUUGCAGUAAUGUUUUGGUUUCAUGGCAGCGAUGCUCAUCAGUGUCAAGUGUAAUUUUCUGUUAGUGUGUUUGUGCUGUCUUGCAUUGUAUGCAAAAAGAUAUAAGCAGUAUAGUCUUAUCAGAUUGGAGGGCAUGUAAAAGAUUCAUUUGUAAAACAGAAAUCUAGAUUGUUAAACUACAUUUGAAAAGUGAAAAAAGAAACCAGAUUAAAUAAAAUGUAGAACAUUUCCUAAUCAAA